CAAAGGUUAUGUGCACGACAGGUCGGGAGUAAUCCACGCAGGAUUUAAAAUCCAGGGAUUAUAGGUGGGCUGCGUGGGGAAUAGUUUAACUAAUACUCCCUUUGCUAUCCAGCCAACAGUCACAGAAAAGCACAAAUGAGUUGUGCACUUAUAUUUGCUGGAGUGCUGCUUGUGGUAAUUCCUUAUUUCCUGGCAGUGCUUGCUCAGUGGUUACAUGGAUGGCCCAACAAACCUGGAUUUGAGAAAUAUCUGGAAGCUGUAAAACCAAGGAGAGUAUACAACUUGACACUAGCACUAUUUGAAAUGCUGUCAUACCUGAAGUAUAGCAAACUGUACCUCCAUUGGCAGUCAAAUUACAAAAACAUUGAUGAUCCAUUGUGUGUUAAGAACGUAGUAUAUGGAAGGCAUGGAAAAAUGCUAGAUGUUUACUUCCCCACAAGAAGGAAAGUGAAUGAAGAAGCCACCUUUCUUCCUGCAGUCAUCUUUGUGUUUGGUGGAGGAUGGGAGACUGGAACUAGAACCAUGUACAGUCUGUUAGCUCAUCAGUUAUCAAACAAAUUAAAUGUUGUGGUUAUCUGCAUGGAUUACACACUGUAUAGAAAGCCCAGUGUGGCAGAGAAGAUUCAUAACACUAUAAACAACAUUCUGAAAUGUGAAGAGAUUAAUUUGCAGUGCACUAUUAGAAAGACCACUGUAGUAGACAUGGUGCACAAUGUAGCAGACUGUAUUUCCUGGAUGAAGGAACAUGGGCACAAAUAUGGAAUACAUGAGGAAAAAAUUAUUCUCUUGGGUCACUCAUCUGGUGCCCACUUGUGCGCACUCACUACUGUGUUUCUGGCUGGAGAAAAUAAUGAAUUGGAGUGCAAGUCCUUCCAAUACAGAAAGCUGUUAUCAUCUCUAAAAGGUGUAAUAGGUCUUGCUGGUGUUUAUCACAUUGGGGAUCACUAUAAGCACGAAACCUGGAGAGGGAUUGAAUGUGUAUCAUGUAUGAGCAGAGUUAUGAAGGGGCAUGAGCACUUUGACCAUUACUCUCCAGCAGUGUAUGUAGGCACUCUUGGAAAUGACAGCAUUUCAAGGCUGCCUCCUUUUGUUUUAGUACAUGGGACCAAAGAUACCAUUGUACCAGCAAAUUCUUCAUUUCAGUUCUCUAAAGCACUCACUGAUGCUGCUGCUAAAGUAACACUGCAUGUGGUCCCGGAAUUAAAUCAUGUUGACAUCGUUAUGGACCUUAUGAACGAAAACAGAACCUACUAUGAAACAAUACAUGCUUACAUUAGACAGGCAUUCCAGACAUGCCUCAGCAAUACAUAAGAAUACAGCAUUUAAUUUCUGUUGUUCCUGAUGCAACAGAGGGAUUUAAAAUAGCGUCCUGAAGAUAUGGUGUAGCUGUGACCACACACUGUCUGGGCCACUUAUGUGAGAGUAUUAAGAAUGGUAACAGGUAACCAGUGAGUGUAUUAAGAAUGGUAACAGGUAACAAUGGGAGUGUAUUUUGAAUGGUUACCAAUAAUCUCUCAUGUAAGUGAUUCACAAAUUAAGAUCGAUAAAAUUCUUAUUCUGAUUGUAAGCUUCUAUGCAUAAUUGUAUUCUUAUUUACUCAAGUAGUUCUUGGGUAAAUGUAUAGUGAUUACUUGUUGUCUGUGAGUAAGUUCCUUGCUACACUAAUAAUAAAAUGGACGUAACAUAAGCCAUCAAACAUCUGGCUUUGCUCAUGGAUGAGGCAGCAUACUUUUGUAGCUGCUGGGGGCAUCUUGAUGUAUGUUAGUUCAGCUACCCUGUGCCUUCCUGAGUACCUCUUCCCAUACAACUCCAAUCACUUACCCACUUAUUAAUUAAUUCAUCCAAUCAUUCACUGAUUCAUCUAUUCAUAUUUGAAGACCUACUGUCUCCUGCCUGAACCAUCCCUUUUCUUAAAACCACACUACACGUAAACAACUCUUCUUCAAGGGGCAAAAAAAAAAACAGACACUUACAAAGCAUUGGUGAUCUCUGGAGAAUAAAAACCCUGUCAUCUCUCUCUCUGUCUCUCUCUACUUUGUCUAAGAGAAAAUAUGCAAUAAAACUUAGAGAUAAGGGUUCACUGGGAGGAUUCAAGAAACCAUAGGUAUAAAAGCAGAAGUGGUUAGUAUUGUUAACACCAGCAGCAGGUGUUGGACAGUCAGUGGUGUCCACUACGCAGAAGCAAAUGAUUCACAGCCACAUACUACCUCUUCUGUGCCAGGCACAGGGGAGUUAGUUUUCUACCCUGUGCCUGUAUAGGGCAUCUAAAUAUUGCAAGUGACAAAAGAUUGCCUGAGUGAGACCAUAACUCUUAAAUGGUGAGGGCAUUAUAUAGAUUUCAUCUGUGCCUUGGAUUGUAAUGAUUUCCCCUUCUACCUCAGGUAAACAUGUGCAGGUGUGUGCCCAGAGACAUCUGAAAGUAAGGUACCCACUAUGCUACAGAUGGAUAUUGGCCCAAAGGCAUAGGUUGUUUGGACUUCUGCACUGCUGAUUCCUGUGGCACAAUUUUUAUUGCAGAUUGUUCCCAAGAUAAAUAUUCUGCUGUGCCCUAAAGUCUUAAACGCUAGGGCAACAGACCUUUCCUCUUCCUCACAGUUCUGUACGAAGCACCCCCCCCCAUCCAGAAUUUAAAAUGUAAAGGAAAAGCCCCUCCAAUAUCACAUCUCUAAAUCAGUUCCUAACGAAAAUAACAUUCACAAUGGUCACUUUCAGACAGUCCUUUCAGUAACAGAGAGAGGAGCCUAGAUGGUGACUAUAGACAUGUGGGACGACUACUGGCCCAGUCUAUCCCUAAAAAAUAUACAAGAAAUGUUGUGGUUUCAAGGUAGUUUAGACCCAUUACCAGUUCACCUUCCUACUGUUUUGACCUUCCUCACCCCCAGAGCUUUCUUAAAAUAUCUUUUUCCACAUAUUUUCUUACUCAGAUGGCUACGCAGUUAAGCUCUAAGCUUACAUAUAAUAGAAGGCCAUCUUCAAGUCUCCCUGUUCCUGUAGUGUCCCUGUAUCUGUUUCAUUUCUUGAAAAUUCUGUGUAAGUGAGUGAAAAUACUGCCUGAUAACAAAGAGAUGGAGCUUCCUCAGGCCAUCUUGGGCUCCAUUACACAUACAAGUGUACAUGUCAAAAGACAAGGUCUAGACUGUGCUGGUUAGUGUGAGGAAAGCUCCGAGGAUGUUCUCCCUUGCAGCUCUUUUAAUCCUGAAAACAUGGGGAUUCAUGUCAGCCACCAUUUCAAAGUUGGUAAAUAUCAAACUGUACAUGACAGAGAUCAAAUGGUAUUAAUAACCUCUGACCCACUAACAGGAUCCUUGAGAGUUAUACAUUCUCCACAUGUCAGCACGAAUGAAAGAACAGUAAUGUUAGCCACCUGUGCUGUAGUUCAACUUGGGAGACCCUUUGUCUUCUACACCCCUACCUAGUACAUAACAAAAGGUGCCUCAGUCAUGGCCGAGAGGUCUCAUUUAAUUAUAUAUGUUUCAUUUUUACUUUGUGUAUAAUAUUCCACUGGGGAAAACUAGAUAUUCCAAUGAGGAAAGCUUGUGUUAUCCUUUCAGACUUGAUGUUAUUUAAGAUAAUUUUUAUAUUUACUUGUACUCACAGGAUCAUUCUUCUGUGUGUAAAAAAUGUGCUUUAUUCAUCAUGUUUUGGUAAUAUGCAAGUUUAUUUGUCAUGUGUGUAGCAAGAAGUGUGUCCUACUGGAUCAGUGUGUUUUACUGUGGAUAAACAAAUUAAAAUAAAUAAAUAAAACUUCA